GUUAUAAAUCAAAAUUUUGACCGACAAGAUUAAAAACCUCAUCUUUUCCGUUUGAAUAAUACUUCACCGAUUUUGGUAGUUUCGAAAACAAUUUACCGAAUUAAUUAUUAAAUUAUUUAUUUAUAUUAUAUUAUAUUUAUUUUAUAUUAUUUAUUCUUAGUUUUGACUUUUAUGAGUUUAUGCAUAUUUUAUGUAAACUAUAAAGUAAUCUUUUGCGGAGUAUUUUCAUGUUAUUAUAUUGUUUUAAGUAUGAAAUAAAAACAUUAAAGAUUAAAAUGACCAUUUCAUAAAUAUUAAAAGUUAGUAACCCUAUCUAUUACUCUAUUUUGGAGUUGAAUAUAGAGUUGGGUUGAAAAAGAUUUUACUCCAUAAUUGAGUUUAAUUAGAGUCAAAAAUGGAGUAGGGUUGGAGAUGCCCUAAGUCUUAUUUUCCAUAGAUGUUAUCUUUACCUAUACGGAACAAAACCUAAGUUCGAAUGUACUUCUCUUUGCUCACCUGUUUUAUAACAUGACGUCAACCCUUCGUCGUCUCCACUAGGACCGUUACGCAUAGUCACUAAGCCAAUGUUUUAUACGUUUUCACUAUCAAUGCUCUCAAGUAAACUCAUAACUGAUAUUAAGUACGUAAAAAAUCAUUUACCGCUAAUCCUUUCACAUCCCUCCCAUUAAAGUCCAUCCAAAACCACACUAUAAAACUUAGAACUCUCAUAACCCAAUCAUCACCUCAAACACAAAUCCCAAAAAAAAGAGAAAAAUGGCUUCUAACACUUGUUUCUCCCUCUUCGCCACCAUAGCUCUCCUCCUCCUCGUCAACAUCUCCGGCAGGACACUCCCGGCGACGGCAGAUCCCACCAACAUAGCGGCAAGGCUCAACGGAGGAGGACUAAUGGAGUGUUGGGAUGCUCUCUACGAGCUGAAAUCAUGCACCAACGAAAUAGUUCUCUUCUUUCUCAACGGCGAGACCAAACUCGGCGACGGUUGCUGUCACGCCGUCGACGUCAUCACCAUAAAUUGUUGGCCGUCGAUGCUAACUUCUCUCGGCUUUACGUCUGAGGAAACCAACGUCCUCCGUGGCUUCUGUCAGUCUCCAAACCACGGUGGUUCAACUCCGGCUCCUUCCCCUGUAAAACUUUGAUGUAUGCAAAAUAAUAUCAUGUAAUGAGGACUAAGGGAGUCUCCUUAAGAUUUUAAUGGAAUAAUGGAUUCUCCUUUUC